AUGGGGCGCGCUGCUGAGGAGGCGGCUGAAGGAAUAACGCCAAGGGGCUGGUAUCGAUGGGUGCAGCAUGUGGGAACCUUUCCCUCUGGACAGGCUGCUUGGGUAAAGCUGCCGCUGUGCUGUUACUGCGGUGAAGUCGGCCGCCUGCGCGGGGUGCGGCACCGUGGAUGUGCCCUGGUGCUGCUGGGGGCCUCGGCUGAGGGCUGUGCCCGGGUUCUGCACUGCAUUGAGAAACAGGUUUUACAGUUCAAGAACAAGGUGCCUGCAGUGAGGCAGCGCGGCCGCGCCGCCGCCAACCUGGAGGGAGGGGAGAUGGCGAUGGCGCUGAGCAGAGCAGGAGUUAGAGGUGGAGGUGGCAGCUUCUGCGGGCCAGAUUCGUUUGUGAACAGCCAGGAAUGGACCCUGAGUCGCUCGGUGCCUGAGCUGAAGGUGGGCAUCGUGGGGAACCUGUCCAGCGGCAAGUCGGCGCUCGUGCACCGCUACCUGACCGGCACCUACGUGCAGGAGGAGUCUCCCGAGGGUGGCCGCUUUAAGAAGGAGAUUGUAGUGGAUGGUCAGAGUUACUUGCUGCUGAUUCGAGAUGAAGGGGGCCCCCCUGAACUCCAGUUUGCUGCCUGGGUCGAUGCUGUGGUGUUUGUCUUCAGCCUGGAGGACGAGAUCAGCUUCCAGACAGUCUACAACUACUACCUGCGGCUCUGCAGCUACCGGAACACAGCGGAGGUGCCGAUGGUGCUGGUGGGCACGCAGGAUGCCAUCAGCGCCACAAACCCCCGGGUCAUUGACGAUUCUCGGGCGCGGAAGCUUUCCAACGAUUUGAAGCGCUGCACGUACUAUGAGACCUGUGCCACCUACGGACUGAAUGUGGAGAGAGUCUUCCAGGAUGUGGCUCAGAAGGUGGUGGCUCUACGGAAGAAACAGCAGCUUUCCAUCGGUCCCUGCAAGUCCCUGCCCAAUUCACCCAGCCAUUCGUCUGUCUCUGCAGCCUCCAUCCCUUCUGUUCACAUCAACCAGGGCAUUCUCCUCAAACGCAGCGGCAAAUCCCUCAACAAGGAGUGGAAGAACAAUGCUGUUGGGAAGGCCAACCUAGAAGAUGUUUUCCUGAGUCCUGCAUGUCUCUUCAAAGACCAGUCUCCUGGCAUUCUCCUCAAACGCAGCGGCAAAUCCCUCAACAAGGAGUGGAAGAAGAAGUACGUGACGCUGUGUGACAACGGGGUCCUCACCUACCACCCCAGCCUGCAUGACUACAUGCAGAACGUUCAUGGGAAGGAAAUCGAUCUGCUGAGAACAACGGUGAAGGUACCGGGCAAGCGGCUCCCCAGGGCAACGACGGCGGCAGCGCCCAGUGCCAGCCCCAAAGCCAAUGGGCUCGCCAAGGAGAGGAGCAGCACGCAGCUGACGGCAGGUGCAGGUGCUCCCCACUCAACCAGCAGCACCUCCCUGCACUCGGAGCGCUCCAUCAGCGGCAUCAACCUGGUGGGCUUCAGCUCGAAGCCAGACGGCAUGCACCAGCGCUCCUACUCCGUCUCCAGCGCAGACCAGUGGAACGAGGCGGUGGCUAUCCCCGGCAGCUGCCCCAACCCCUCUAACGGUACUGCUGACUCUCUCAGCUCCAGCCCGAACAUCUCCAGUGCUGCCAGCCCGAAGCUGGAGCCGCCUCCAUCACCACAUGCGAACAGGAAGAAGCAUCGCAGGAAAAAGAGCACAGGGACGACUCGGCCUGAUGGCCCCAGCACAGCAGCAGAAGAACCGGAUGAGCCAUUUGAGUUCAUCAUUGUGUCCCUGACGGGCCAGACUUGGCUCUUUGAGGCCUCAACCUCAGAGGAGCGAGAGCUUUGGGUCCAAGCCAUCGAGAGCCAGAUCCUGGCCAGCCUGCAGGGCUGUGAGAGCAGCAAAAAUAAGGUAAGAGCCCUCAGCUGCGUUCGCUCUGGUUCCCUCCUCUCUGAUCCCUCUGCUCCCGAUCCGGACUGGGCAAGCCUGAACCUGGGCUCCCUCAUGUGCAUUGAGUGCUCCGGGAUCCAUCGCAACCUGGGCACCCACCUCUCCCGCGUCCGCUCCCUGGACCUGGACGACUGGCCUAGCGAGCUUCUCAUGGUCAUGACAGCCAUCGGCAACGCCCUGGCCAACGCUGUCUGGGAAGGCGCAGUGGAAGGCUACCCCAAGCCCACCCCUGAGAGCAGUCGGGAGGAGAAGGAGCGCUGGAUCCGCGCCAAGUAUGAGCAGAAGCUCUUCCUGGCUCCGCUGCCGCAGUCGGACAUCCCGCGGGGGCAGCAGCUGCUGCGGGCCGUGGUGGAGGAUGACCUGCGCCUCGUGGUGACGCUCCUGGCCCACGGCACCAAGGAAGAAGUGAACGAGACCUACGGGGAUGGUGACGGGCGCACAGCGCUGCAUCUCUCCUGCGCCAUGGCCAACGUCGUCUUCACGCAGCUGCUCAUCUGGGCCGCGGCGGGGGUCGGCGCCCUGCCCGCGCUGCAGCUGCACGAAGCCCCGGGCGCUCGCCGGGGGGCAGGCAGGAACCCGGGCUGGCUGCCGGGAGAUGCUCACCAGCCCUGUAAUACGCUCAACAUCAAGCAAAGUAAGGCCCUGUUCCAGGAGGGCAUCGGCAUCGGGAUUACUGCCUAA